AUGUUUACCUCCUUGUCGCGCCGCGCUCAACAGCGUGAGGAGACACACCUUCAGGCUCGUGGAGAGGCUAUCGCCGGCGUGAUACAACUGCACAAGCUCCUCCAUGAUUUUAGUCCAAUGAAUAUCCUUCCAACGCAGCACAAUACUCUUGGCAUCGAGUGCAAGACUUUCCCAAUCGACCAAAAUAGUGACGAUCAAUCACCCUCAGCACCCAGCGACGCAUUCUUUCGCCCGAGAAAGGUUCCUCCACUUGACAUUACAAACCCCACGCAUCAGCGACAAGCCGACUACCUUUCCCGAUGCUGGGGAGAGGAUAAACAGGCAAAUAGGUCUCUCGAUUUGCAUUCUCAAACAGGCAACUUAUGGAGUCGCCUAGGGGGGCUGUUUGUGAACUUUCCACGACUGGAAGAGCCUCCUCGGGCUGAUGGGCGUUCGCUCAGGAUAAUCUCUCAGUGGCGCUCAAAGGACGGAAUUCCUGAAGAUAUGAUCGCGAAAAAGUUUCUUCCUGAUGUUUUAUCAUCAAAAGACUGCUCCCCAAUUGCGACAUAUGUGGCGGAAAAACAGUUCACCCCUGCAACCAACACAGCUCCUCAUGUCUUCGUCGUAAUAAGCCUUGAAGAGGAGCCCUCGGAUAAUCUUUUGCGGGUGGAGUUAUUGACUAUUACAUCGAUCAUGAUAACGCGAUUCGAAGGGGAGCAAUUCCCUCGGUGUAUUGCUAUUCCGGUACUUGCAAUGUCCGUUUUUGGACGCAUGAAACUUCGAUUCCUGGAGGCGGCAUAUGUUCAACAACGCCUUGUGAUCAGGAAGACCGAAUUCUUUGAUUUCUCGACUCAUGAGCAGGCCAACAAAAACAUGAACACCGUUCUUGGUUUUAUGGCUUCUCAUCGAGUGGGAGAUCCAACGAACUCGACAAUCAUAGCCCAAGAGCCCGUGUUGAGCGACACCAAAGACAUCGGCAAGACUUGCUCUGUUCGAAAAACUUUCAGGAAGAUUUUUCCGUCCUCUGGAGAGGCCGGAACUGGACUUGCUAUCCGUAAACGCCCUGGAGCGACUCGCGGCUCUAUCCCAAAGUUUGAUUAG